AUGGCUGAUCAACAUGGCUCUGCUUCUACAGCAGAUGCCCCACCUCAAAAUCCAUAUUCAAAGCCUAUGAGCAUUAAUGUCGCAGACAUCGUAGAGGAAGAAGAAGAUGAAGAUGAGUACGAAUAUGAAUAUUCCAGCACUGAAAAAGAGGUAUUCUAUGUAACUCUCGACUUAACAAAUCCCAAUGUUCCUAUCAAAAGAAAGUUGGUGAAAACGCAUCCGCGUCGCAAUGCUAAGAAAUGGUUAAAUCCUGGUCUUGGAAAACAUCGAAGACAUCUUGGAGACUCGACUACCAUCGUGACUGAUAAGGAAAAAUCCGUGAGAUUCAAAGGCAAGGGGAAAGGAAGAGGGAAGAAAUCACCCAAUGCCGAGGACGAUGAGGAUGAUGAUGAAAUGGCAGAACGUGAAGAAGAAGAGCUUUCAGAAGCUGAAGCUGCACCUCCUGAGCAAGUACCGGCAGAACAGAAACUCGUCGAAGCUCCCAAGAAAUCAACUGGAGAACAAUACUCGACUUUCAUCGCAGAUACCCAACGUGGAGGAGAAGCUCCAGCGGCGCCCAAACCAGAAGUGCAAAUAUUAGGGUUGCAUGAAGAUCACCCAGUUGUGUCUUAUGAGGGAAAUAUAUAUCACUGUCGAUGGGAAGAAAAUAUGGGCACAGAGUUACUUUUCACAGCGCACGAUCCCGCGAGUAAAUUACCUAUUUUACAAUCCGUAUCAAACGAUGUCGAUUUACUAGCUGCAAGUUCAGCGCGCAUAACUUCCGUCAACACCAAAGUCGAAGACAAAGAUCCGGAUUCUAGCGGGAAGGGUCGCAGUUACUUUUGGAGAUCGGGUAAUAUUCGUGAGCUCAAGAUACCGGUUGGUGUAGCAGCUUCUGAGCAGCGAAAAAAUCAAGCAUUCUUUUUGCAAUCCUUGAUUCAGAUUAAAGAAUCGAGGCGCGAAAGGGAUCAUGUCACAGUAAUGGCUCAAAGAAGAAAUACCAAUCGACAAUGGAGAGCAGUCAUGAAACAGAAACAAGCAGCCGAAGUAGCGCGAAUUCGAAAAGCUAUGGCGACAGGGAAAAUGAGGAAAGCGGAUGGACAGCAAAGAUUAGAUCAGAUGGCUAAGGAUGCUGAGAUUCUGGCCGCGGAAGAUAAGUUGAGGGGCAUUGGACCUGAUGGGAGAAAGAUAAGACAUGGUGGCAGGAAGAAGACUGUGAAUGCGGAGAAUCAACCGAUUCUUCGGAGACCUCCUGGUGGACUCACGAAUUACCUGAUGAAUAAUGCUGCUGCAGAGGAUGACGAUGAUGAAGAAGUAGAUAUGGGUCUUGAUAGGCCCCUCCUAAGACUAGGAAUACACGGUCAUAUGCCAAUGCAGAAGAUGAAGAUUUGGAAGCGGAGGAUGAUGGAGAGAUGGAGUAUGGAGAAGAAUAUGAACAUGAGGAAGAUGGUGAAAUGGUUCUUGAAGAUGAAGCUGGUUUUGAGAAUGACUAUGAAAUGGAAUAGUUGA